AAAUCUUGAUAAUAUUUGUGGAUAAGAUUUCCUCUGGGGAUUUCACUAGCCAACAAUUAGAUGUCAUCUUCUUACAUGCACUAUUUACUUUUCAACCAUGCAAACCUAUCUCCUCUCUCUCACCAGUCACCACUACCUUCUGCAACUACACAACUCAUGAUGAGGCUAAGGGAACCAAGUACGUGGGCUAAAGAAUCAGUAUGUUGCACUAUUUCAGUGAUAUGAUUUAUUACUAGCAUUCAUCUUUGAAUUUGUUCUUGGUUCAGGACACAUAUCGUCAUAACACCAAGUUUGCAGAGUCCAAUAUAUUGGUAGAAGGUAUUUGGGGCCUGGAUAUCUAUUAUUAUCCCUGUUUUAUAAAGUUUUGAAAAAUGGGAGAGUUUGGAAAGAGAAAGAUUAAUCCUGUUAUUGCUAAGAAGCACAGAAACGGUACAAUCAUGAGCAAAUCUCAGAUUCAAGCAUCAACCACAAUGGAACCACUUCUGCAGGAAAGGGACCAGCUCUGUCGAUUUUCAGCUUCUUUAAGUUCUCGCGUACAAUCUCGCUGUAUUGUCUGUUUAGACAAUAACAGCUGCAAGGUAGUACGAUCGAGAACAAAGUUGAUGAAAAUUUUGAUUGAGAAGGGUAAACCUCAAGAAGCCCAUUCCAUUUUUCGAGGUUUAACAGAAGAAGGGCACCGACCUACACUUGUAACAUACACAACUCUUUUAGCAGUUUUGACUGUCCAGAAACGGUUUAAGUCAAUUCCUUCACUCCUUUCAAAGGUGGAAGAGAGUGGGCUGAAGCCUGACUCAAUAUUCUUUAAUGCCAUGAUCAAUGCAUUUUCAGAAUCUGGGAAUGUCAAGGAGGCGAUGAAAAUCUUUAGGAAAAUGAAGGAUAGUGGAUGUAAGCCUACAACCAGCACAUUUAAUACAUUAAUUAAAGGAUUAGGUAUUAUAGGUAAGCCUGAAGAGUCCUUGAAGCUUUUGGAAUUAAUGUCACAGGAAUAUAGUGUAAAGCCCAAUGACAGGACAUACAAUAUUAUCAUCCGAGCCUGGUGUAACAAGAACAACAUUACAGAAGCAUGGGAUGUUUUUUAUAGAAUGGUCUCAUCUGGUGUAAAACCUGAUGUAGUCACAUUCAACACGUUAGCAAGAGCAUAUGCUCAAAAUGGGUAUACAAGUAGAGCUGAAGAAAUGAUACUCCAGAUGUAUGACAACAGUGUUGCACCAAACCAACGCACUUGUGGUAUCAUCAUUAAUGGGUAUUGUAAAGAAGGGAAUAUGGAAGAUGCAUUAAGAUUUGUAUACAGAAUGAAGGAUAUCUCUGUGCAUCCAAAUCUUGUGAUUUUCAACACUCUCAUUAAAGGGUUCCUGGACAUCACAGACUCUGAUGGAGUUGAUGAGACACUAUCACUGAUGGAGGAAUUUGGUGUCAAACCUGAUGUUGUUACAUUUAGCACCAUUAUGAAUGCAUGGGGUUCAGCUGGGCUCAUGGACAAAUGCCAAGAAAUUUUUAAUGACAUGGGAAAAGCUGGCAUUGAUCCUGACAUCCAUGCUUUUAGUAUCCUUGCAAAAGGUUACGUGCGGGCUGGAGAACCAGACAAGGCUGAAGAAGUCAUUAAAUUGAUGGAAAAAUCUAGUGUGCUCCCAAAUGUUGUCAUAUUCACCACUGUCAUUAGUGGAUGGUGCAGUGCUGGCAAGAUGGACUAUGCUAUGAGAGUGUAUGAGAUGAUGUGUAAAAUGGAUGUAUCCCCCAAUUUGAAGACUUUUGAAACACUGAUAUGGGGUUUUGGAGAAGCUAAACAACCACAGAAAGCUGAAGAUCUUCUUGAGAUAAUGGAAGCAAAGGGUGUUCGUCCUCAGAAGAGUACUAUUCAGCUUGUAGCAAAUGCAUGGCGUUCCAUUGGGUUUCUGAGCGAAGCAAAGAGAGUGCAAGAUGAUGUUGAUGACGAUCAAACAGUUAUACCAGAUACAGAGUAUGACAAGACAUCAGAAGUGAUGCCAAAAAGAAGUUUUCAGACCGAAAAUCAUACCUUAUCUCCUAGUCUUCUACAGGCACCUGGUUCUGUAGUUGCUAGUCCAAAAGGGUCAGGCAGUGUGAAGACUGUUAGCCAGAUGGUGCCUAAUAGAGCUCAAUAUUCAUCUGGAGGCCUGAGCACCAAAAUAAAUACCAUGCAACUUCCACAGGCAUGUAAAUUUACGACGCUAAAGCCACGGAUCAUACUUCCCUCAAAGCUUCAACUUUCACUUGGAGUCUCACAGUACUUGCCUACAUUUAAAUUGGUGUUCUAAAACCUGCCAAGGGUAGUAAUGAACCUCGCAGGAUGAUACAAUACACACAUUCUUGAAUUUAUUUGUAGCAUCUGUAAAUUAUUUCUGUUGUUUGUUCUAUAUGAUCAUGGGACAGGAAGAUUGAGUUCUUGAAAUGUACAUGCUGUUCAAUGAAAUGAAAAUCUUUUGUACCCUUUCA